UGCAGCGGCUCAGACCCGCUCGCGCUCCGGUCACCGCCUCUGCUGGCCAUGGGGCGCCUGGCUGCGCUGCUUCUCCUGGCGGUUACUGCUGCCAGCAACAUCUCUCCUGAAAAGGACAGUGUCAGUCUAAUAAAGACUAUCGACAAGACAAGCAGCAAGGGGCUGGAUCAUUAUCAGUCAGAAAAUCUUCAUCCUCUACGGCGUACAAAAAGGAGAUGGGUUAUAACCACCUUUGAACUUGAAGAGGAGGACAAAGGACCAUUCCCCAAACUUGCUGGAGAGCUGUUCAACAAAGUGUCAUAUAAUAUGUCCAUAAAAUAUUUAAUCAGUGGACCUGGUGUAAAUGAAUCUCCAGAGUUUGGGUUGUUUUCUAUAGAAGACGAUGCCAAUGGACAUGUGUACGUGCAUCGUACCAUUGACAGAGAGAACACCCCCUUUUUUAAGAUACGUUUUGAUGUUGCACAUAGAAUGACUGGGAAGAUAGUGGACAGAUCUUUAUUUUUCAAUGUUAAGAUUAAAGACAUUAAUGAUAAUGCACCCAAGUUUCCCAAGGAGGAAUUUAACAUUACUAUAAAAGAAAACCAUGAUACAGAUGAGCCAGUUUUCCAAGUGACAGCCCUUGACAAAGAUGAAGAAGACACCGCUAAUUCUCGGGUGACCUAUUCCCUUAUGACACAGACACCCAAUCUGAAAGAGCCCAGAUUUGACAUCGAUCCUACCAGUGGUUUUAUUGUGAUUUCAGGAUGCUUGGAUCAUCAGACUGCCAGCUCUUUCAAGCUUCUGAUCAAAGCCAAAGACCAUGGUACUCCACAAAUGUCAUCUACUGCAACAGUUAACAUUGCCGUUGAAGAUACAAACAACCACCUGCCUGUAUUUACCAAGGAAAAUUAUCAGUGGCAAAUUGAAGAAGGCAAAGUAGGACCAGGCGUGUUAAGGCUCCAGGUGGAAGAUCAAGAUUCUCCAAACACACCUGCUUGGAGAGCAAAGUACAAAAUAGUGAAAGGCAAUGAAAAGGAACGGUUCAUCGUUGAGACCGAUCCCGAAACAAAUGAGGGCAUUUUAAGUGUUAUUAAGCCUCUGGACCAUGAAGGUGACUUGGAGAAGAGACUUGUCAUUUCUGUUGAAAACGAAGAACCUUUGUUUUCAUGUCAUAAAGGGAAACUGAGGAGCCCUCCUGUAGCCCCCAUUAGUGUAUCUGUGGCUGUGAAAGUCCUAGAUAGAAAUGAUGCUCCUGAAUUUCACCCUCCUACACUUGUUUUUCAAAAAGAAGAAGGCGUGAAGCCUGGGACGAGGCUUGGAAAAUAUUCAGCUGUAGAUCCAGAUGUGGUGCCAAAUAAGAUUAAAUACAAAGUAGUUCAUGAUCCAGCAGGGUGGGUAGCUGUUGAUGAGAACUCUGGCGUUAUUACUGCCAUGAAAGAACUUGAUCGGGAAUCCCCCUGUGUGAACGAUGGUGUUUACCCCAUCAUUAUUCAUGCCAUAGAUGAUGGUGUCCCACCACAGACGGGCACUGGCACUAUUCUGCUUUACCUGUCUGACAUCAAUGACCACAUGCCAACAUUAGUCACGCGUUUCUUGGAAGUUUGUGACAAAGCAAGACUGACUCCUCUCAUCAUAAAGGCGGAGGAUGAGGACUCCAAUCCGUAUGCCAGUCCUUUUACAUUUAAACUCGCCGAUGACUCAAAAAGUAUAAAGCAAAACUGGAGAUUAGGAAAGAGUUUUGGUGACUCAGUUGAACUUUUAAGGUUGAGAAACCUCCCACGUGGAAAGUAUUUGGUGCCUCUCCUAAUUCUGGACAGGCAAGGAUUCUCUGUGAAGCAGAAUCUGUCUGUGAGGCUCUGCCAUUGCCCAGAUGGACGCGUAUGCGAAGAUCCAAACUCCGUGCAAUUAAGUCUUGGAGGUGGUGCCAUUGCUGUAAUUUUGACAGCCCUCCUGUUAUUUCUAGUGGCAGGCUGUCUUCUGCUGCGGUGUUCAUGUGGGUCUGAAAACAGGAAAAGCCAAGCCCAUCUCCCUUUUGAAGAAGACAACCAGACUUUAAUCAAGUACAAUGUAGAGUGUGAAAACGUUUUGUUUCAGGAUGUAAAUGGAAUGGCACCAUUUCUCUCCCUUACAUCCAGUCGAGGACACUCUGACCAAGGUCUAUGUGGUGCCAGUACAAUGGUCCAGGCCAGACCAGUAAGUGACAACCACAUUUUCCAUGGGGUCCACAAUUCUAGGCGCGUGGAGACACUCCACAGAAGACCCCUCACUGUGACUGUAGAAACAGUGGGUGAAAUGUUGAAUCAGAGGCUCUAUCACUUCAGCAACCUGGAGGAGAACAUAGUCACUUACCAACCUCACAUCUAUGCCGAGGAGGGAAAGCUAGAGAGAAGUGACUCUUUCAGGUCCCUGCUCAUUGACGAUGAUGAACUGCCCAAGGAUUUCUUGGACGCCCUGGGACCAAUGUUCAUCGCUCUGGGUGAAAUCUGCCAGAAGUGAUUUCAGUCACAGCCACUCUCAUAGGAACCAUGGAAUGGUGGGUACCUUCCCAAACAGGUUUGGAAGAGACUCGACCCAAGCACAAACAUCUGCU